UGCAAAUAGACUUUAUAUAAGCUCAGCAAAAACCCGUUCUUGAUCACAGUGCUCAGGCAGAAGGAGCUCAGGUGAUAACAUCAGACAUCACACUGCAACAAGACAAGAUGUUUACACUAAGACAGACAUACCUGGAGAAGGCCUGCUUCUCAGCAGCGGCAGUGCUGCUUCUCCUGACCACAACAGGACAAUCGGCAGUUCUGACUGACAGCGUCCAGACCACAGCAACUCCUCCUGUGACAAAUUCAUCUCUGACCACACAGCUCAACAACAGCACUGUGGAGGAGCCUCUGGUUCUGAGCUUACACAGAUCAUGUGGAAGUGAACAUGACAAGUACUGUGAAAACGGUGGCGAGUGCAUGUACCCCCAAGACAGUGACAAACCCUUUUGCAUCUGCAAGUCCUCGUACAGUGGGCCUCGCUGCCUUUUCUUCAGUGAGCCCACUCACACCCUGCCUGAGUUAGAGCAAGUGAUUGGCAUCAGUUUUGGUGCUGUGAUGCUCAUCUUUAUCCUGGCCAUCAUGAUUUACUGCUUUACCUCUAGGAGGUGUGUAAAAUCAGCUCCACUAAUAAAAUCUGCACCAUCUAACAUAUCAGUGUGACUUCUACGGCUCACUGUUGCUCCUCCUCCUCUUCAUCAUCAUCAUCAUCGUCGUCACUGUUAUCGCCUUUGUCAGUACUGACACUCAAAGCAGUUAUGGGACUGUAAAAGCUUUUUGUACUGUAUUGAACUUUUCAUUUAAUGUGCGUAAAGAAGGCCUCUGUUCAGUCUGACAUCAUGAUUUAAAACAAGCAGAUGCUGAGAAAUGAAGAGAUCUGGACAAAGAAAGACUAAACUGUGUCAGACCUGACUGGGGCCUUUUCUGUAUAACAGGGUCAGAUGUGAAUAAUUUCAUUGUCCUUUAAAGACUGAGGGCGAGAAAAUAUUCCUAUUUAUUGAAAUAUUGCAAUUAAGUUAUUGAAAGUGUUCUUUAUUUAAAGUUUUGUAAUAAAUUUAUGAAAAUGAA